AUGCUGGCCAGGUCAGCCACGGCGAAAAGCUGCUUGCUGAGCCUCGAAUCCACGAAAGCAGGCUUUGUGCCCUUCCUCUACCAAACCAGAACCAUCCUUCGAGAGUUCGCGACUAGCAACAACUAUCAGCGUCGCGAGGAUUGGAAAAACAACCCGCAAAAUUCCAAGAACAAGCAAAAAGAUGGCAGCGAGGCGCAAGAGAAGGGCAGCGAUCGAAAAGCUCGUGCACUUAGGAAAGCCAGAUUACCAGAAAGACCGACAUUCGGCCAUAAAUAUCGGCAUGACGACGAUCGCAGAGGUCAAUCAUACAACCAGAGGAGUAAUCAGUUUGAUGGGAAUAAGGAGCGAAGCAAUGGCAGGAACCGAAGGACUCGUGACCCUCGGAAGGACAGACAAUCCUUCAGACCAAACACAACAGAAGAACGACUUCCGCGAGAAGAACCAGUACCAUUCGAGGGGAAGCUCCCCACCAGCGAUCUGAGCGCAAGAGUCGAGGGGUCUACGAUGACACCAAAAGAACUACGGAUCUUUGAGCAGCUUUUUAGAGUAAAGCCCACUCAGGUUCAGCAAGAUACAAAAGCCGAUGGGACCCCAGAGGAGAAGAAAGCCUUGGAGCAGCCAGUGAAAGGGAGCCAUGAUGAAAUACCCGCUGGAGCAGCCUUUGGAAAGGCAAAGCAUCACAGGAAAUUGCACAACAAGGGACAGUUGAGAUCAAAAGCUCCUCAGACGAACCUUUAUGGAGUUGCAGCGCCGCAGACGAGAAGGGAGUUCCCCGAUCUGUUGCGUCCCUUGGCGGAAGAGGCAGCUGCGUUAAGAGCUCAAGAAGCCAUUGGAGACGGAGAGAAGACGAUCGACGAUCGAAGCAUGUCAACUACUGCUCCAGAUGAUCAAGCUGCUAAAAAGCUUGACAGUAUCAAAUCCAGCAUGGACGAAGCGAAGACCGAUGUCGCCCUGUGGAACGUCCUUCAACUACAAAUCUUCACAUAUGUCAGGACGCUGUCGGAUUCCUGGAGGCCAGUGAAAGCUGGACGCGACUUUCAGACCCUCACACAAACGUUGCCGCAGUCUCUCCUCUAUUUUAUGAAGUCACUUCGAGACUCGUUUCCAGGAUCACUGCUUGGACUCGUACUUCUACCAACGCUCAAGAAGCUAGGUCCUUCCGCUUUUGCUUUAGGUGCUUCGACGGAAUUAUUCAACGAACACAUGUGGCUUCUCUACAGACAUUAUGCGGACCUGGAUGGCAUCGCGGAAACGUUGUCGGAGAUGGACAAGAAUGUAUACGAAUUCGACUCUGGGACGAAGGAUCUCAUAUCCACGAUCCUACGAGACGGUCGCAAGUCCCUCAACAACGGCUUCGGCCCAGGAAUGCAAGCGCUAUGGUCGACGGAUCGAAAGACUAGAGGCCUGGAGAAGAUAAGCCGAUGGGAGGGGGUGGUAGAGGAGCGACUGAAAGCUGCCGCGCUAAGGGCUGCGAUGGAAGAGCAGGCGAAAUUGGCUGAAGACGAAGGAGAAGAAGAAGACCAAAAACUAGCUGUAGCGUAG